AUGGCUGCGUUAGCGCAUUCUAGAAAGAGACGGCGAGAAGCAGUCAAUGUGGACGUCAAGCUUGUAGAAAUUUACGAAGACCUCGCCAACGAGAAAAACGAAAUUCGCCUCAAAGCUGCCCAUGACUUACUGUCUCGCUUUACACCAGAGCAACAACCUUCUGAAGAACAAAUUGAAAAGGUUUUAAGAAGGCUCUUUCGAGGUCUAUGUAGCAGUCGAAAAGCUGCCCGAAUUGGGUUCUCUAUUGCCCUUACUGAGCUUCUCUCACAAGCAUUCUCAGGCGUUGGGCGACGGGAUUCGGAGCAACUGAAUAUCUCAAAGACACUGGAGAUCUUAGAAUCACAAACUAACCCUCAGAACUGUUCUUCUGGUCAGGAGGAGCGGGAUCACUACUUUGGUCGAUUAUUUGGCGCAGAAGCCAUACUGAAAUCGUUGAUUUUGCUACAACCUGAUGUUUCGUUUCACCUCUGGACGAAGCUUCUCAACCUAGUCUUUGACUUGUUCAAGAAAAAGCCUUGGCUGAAAGAAGAAUGCGGGUAUAUCAUAUACCAGGCAAUUAUCAGCAUCGCUAAUGAAAAAGGCGACGUUCGCUAUAUCAGUGAGAUUAUUAAAGGCCUUUCAGAUAAUGGAUUGGCGAAAACGUCCGAGGGAGUAGCAAUCUGGCUAGCUGCCAUGGAUUUCCCAUUGCCUGUCACCUUUACCUCCAAUAUAUGGCACAACAAUAACCCACUGCACUCCAAAGAGAGGGCCACGAUUGCCAGAAUUUUGAAAGAAUCGUCAGCUCCGCAAUCCGAACAAGACUACGAAAAUGACGCUGCCAACGGGUCUGGUGUCUGGAAUCCAAAGUUACAUUUUGUGUGGGACCCGAUUCUCCUUAAGUUAUACGCAGCUUUUGACGCAGAGAAAAAUGAUCAUCUUCCCAAGCAACUUUUAUUUUCUGAAUUUUGGACUGAGGUUGUCGACAAUGGACUAUUCUCAGCUGCAUCCUCUGAGGAACGUAAAUAUUGGGGCUUUCUGGCGUUUAUGAAAGUUGUCAAUAAUGCACCGAUCGAGGCGGCCAAGUCUAUAUUCACAAAGAACUUGGUUCGGUGCUUAGUCAAUCAGCUAUCCGUUGAAGAUAGAUACCUCCAUCGAGUUGCCCAAAAAGCUGCAAAAUCAAUACAAACCCGCGGCGCAAAUGAUUCUGAAUUCACGAUUUCCGCACUUCGUGGCCUAACAGGGCCAGCAGGUAUUAUCAAUUUCGAUCAAGUUACCAAAACUAAAACCAUUGAAAAAUUGAUCAGUGAUGCACCUUUCGACAAUAUCGGCCAAGUCAUCAUCUUUCUACAAGAUUUGAUUGCUUCGCCUGGUUCAGAUGAUAUCAAAACUGUAGGGUCCCGAAGGCAGCAGCUAUCAACCCUUCUGACUUUAGUCGUGAAAUCCCUUGUGGCAAAAUCAGAUACCUCUGGUCGUUUGGAUUCCUCCAUAAAGGAUGCCAUGGUAGCUCUGGCACGCCCAGCGUAUUUUGUGUCUUUGGGUGAAGCAACAACUAGAAGCUAUGACCCGGCAGUCUCCCAGUCAUCUCAGGAAUUUUUUAAGAAUAAAAUUUCGUCAUGCCUAAACAUGGUCAUUGCCGGUCACAAGAAUGCCUCAUCCAUUGUGUAUGGAGUCAUUCAAGAUAUCCACAAAUUGGGCCAAAAUGGUGAAUGUGGGAAGUUCGUUAUUGAAAUGGGGCAGAAUAUCAGCGACUCUGUAGAUGCGGGCUUUAGAAUUCUAAAAAAAAUGCACCACAAGGAAAAAAAAAGUAGUCAAACGGAGAUUAUUAGCAUUCAAGCCAUUAAAUUGCUAUAUUCUAUGACCAUAUUUCAGAUAUACAAUGGCGAUCCUGAUGCUGUUUCUAUGUUGGAUGAGCUCAAACUCUGCUACGACAAAUUUAUCAGCCAGAAGAGUUCUAAAACAGAAGAAAAUGCGGAGGCCUCUGAUGUUUUAGUUGAGAUAUUACUUAGCUUUGCAUCCAAGCAGGUUCAGCUUUUUCGUCGGACAAGCGAACAGGUUUUCAGUGCGUUUGCUCACCAGAUUACCGCCACUGGUCUUGAGUCAUUAAUCUCGAUUUUAGAAGCCAAAGAUACCCUUGCAGGCCAGGAAGAGAUGUUUGACAAUGACGAUGAAGACAGCGACGUAGAAAUGGUCGACUCUGAUGGACUUGAUAGUGAUGUGGAAGAGAUAAGCCAAUCGUCAGAUGCUGACUCAGAUGGCACAGACGAUUCUAAUGACGAAAGUGCGGAGGAUAAUUCUGAAAACGAAGCUGAACUUCAAGAGCUCGAUGCAAAACUCGCGAUCGCGCUUGGAACUCAUCGUGCGGAUGAAGAUGUUGACACGAAUUCUGAGACCUCCGAUAUGGAUGACGAUCAAAUGGAGGCUUUAGACGAGAAACUUGCCCAAGUUUUCAAAGCCCAGAACCAGGCUUUAAGCAAAAAGAAACAGAAGAAAGACGCCCGAGAGAACAUGAUUAAUUUCAAAAACCGAGCUCUCGACCUUCUUGAGAUUUACGUAAAGAAAUCCCACUCUAACAUCAUAGCGACGAAUAUCCUUCUUCCGCUCCUAAAGGUCCUCCGGUCGUCCAAAGUGCUGCAGAUCGCCAAUAAAGCAAGCGUCAUUUUGCGUGAAUACUGCAAACUCUGCAAGGGCGCUAGUCUCCCUUCAUUUGAAGACGAAGAACCGGUUUGGAAGCUUUUCAAGUCAAUACAUGAAGAAGCCACACACAGUGGGCCAUCUUUCCACUCUACAGCCUGCAGUCAGGCUAGUUUACUAGUCGUCAAAAUACUUGUGGCAAAUAAUAAGGAUAAUAUGGAGCGUAUCGUGGAUGAAUAUGCGCAAACGCGGAAAAAGCAGUUAUUGAGCAAAAAAUGUCAUGUUCAGCCCUCGUUCUUUUCGGAUUGGAACAACUGGUGCGUUUCAGCGAGCAAGACGAUGAAAGAGUGA